AUGGUCGCCAUGAAGGCCAAGAAGUCCACGAGUAGCGUGCUGAAGACCAAGGGCGUCGUCAAGCGCGCCCCUCCCUCUCCGAAGAUCCGCAUCGGCGUGCUGGUCGGCAAGGACUUCGACCCGGUGAAGAAGGGUACACAGUGGCCGGAGUACCCCGAAAAGUAUAAUCUGACCAACGACGAUUGGGGUAAGUAUUCGGUCGACGUGGCCACGGCCCUGAAGAUGAAGCAGCUUCAUCCAGACCUCCUCGAGAUAGACAUUAUCCCAGGCAAGGAGAUCAAGGAGCAUCGGUUGAAGAAGAAUCACCUCAAUCUUAAUUUCUGGUACGAUGUCGGUGUCGCAAUCAUGAGUGGUAAGGGAAAGGGUCACAUCGACGACGUCAUGAAGUGCCACAAGAACCCAGAAUGCCGCUUGGACCCCAGUUGGGACUACUACGACUGGGUCUUGUGCAAGCCCCGAUACAUGGAGCAGUGCAGAAAGGCCGGCAUCCCAAUGAUCCCCACCGUGGUGUACACCGAUGGGUUCGAUCCGAAGCAGUGCCUGAAGGACGUGCAGAAAAAGGGUUGGGACAAGUUCUUCUGCAAGGUGGGUCAGUUUUCCUUCUUUGGCGAGGGGGCCAUCAACGGCAAGACUGCCGACUUCCUCGGGCCUCGCUUCAAGGACCUCGAGGCAUAUGGGAGGGCGAACAAGAGCUCCAAGACAUUCCUGCUCCAGCCAUACACGUUGAAGCCCAACGGUGAGGUCUUCGACGAGGUGCGCAACUUCUUCAUCGACGGACAGUGGCGCUACUCCAUCUUCACCCACGGCACCGACGGCUCGGACGCGGGCUUCUACCAGGAGCCGGACGGGCCGCGCAAGGUGGCGUGCAAGGCCCUCGCGGAGAGGGCCUACCAGGAGGUCCUCAAGACGGCAUCGUGGCAGGGGAAGCGCCAGACGCCCUUGCUCAACCGCAUCGACAUCGGUGUCAUCCCGAGGAAGGGCGGGGACUCGCUGCACAAGACGGACAACACGUAUUUCGUGAACGAGAUCGAGCUGAUCAUGACCACGUGGCUCGACCGGUACGCCCCGAUCAGCGUGCAGGACGUCAUGGCGCAGGCUGCGGUAAAGCAUUCCUUGGAGCUGCUGGCGGGCCUCCUCAAGUCCAAGACCAAGGUGCCCGACAGGGACAAGGUGAAGAAGGUGGUGGAGGCACUCAACACGAGGCUCGGGCCAUUCAAGCACAUCAAGGUCUGA